GGAGAGGUUGAGUGCAGAAGGAGACAACCAGCCACCAUACAAACCAAACAAGAGGCUUUCAAUAAUUACCUGCGUCUGAUUUACAGGCAACCCCCUGAUAUGAGAAUCGAACUAGAUGAAGUGCAACUCUUGUAUACUAAAGAGGAGGAUGAGAAGGGGAGGGAAGAGGCUGACAUUCAUCUUAUAACCAUCAUAGAGACUCCAUCUACAAAGAAGAGCCCUCUUCCACCCACAACAGCAGCAAAGAAACUCAGAGAAAAAAUAUACCCUCCACCAAAGCCCCUUCCACCAAUAGACCGUCGUACACCCCCUCUGACUCCACCCUCCGAGUCUGCACCACCUUCACCACCCCUUGCCCCACUCACCCCUGUACCACCCUCACCCAUCAUAGAGACUCCAUCUACACAGAAGAGCCCUCUUCCACCCACACCAACAGCAGAUAAACUCAUAUACCCUACCCUUCCUCCAAUAAAGCGUCCUACACCCCCACCGACUCCACCCUCCGAGUCUGCACCACUUUCACCGCCCCCUGCCCCACCCUUUCCACCUAAACAACCCACAUCCUUGCCUCCUCCACCCUCGUCAUCAUAUCUGCCAGAGUUCCUCCUGCAGUUUGUGGAUGAGCAGUGGUUUCAAAAGAUAUUCCCUGAUCUGAGUUGUGUUUCAAGUUCUUUUGGCCCCAAGGAAUUCUGCAUGCAUCUGUUGGACUUCAUGAUGUUUUGCAGCAUGGCUCAGAAGAAUAGUAUUGUCAAUGCGUUACUCAUGUUAAUUCAGCAGGAGGUGUUAGACAAAGAAUCUCUCAGCAGAGGAUUGCUGGUUUGCCUGCAAAAUUGCAUUAACGAAAACAUGACAAGGGAGGAACAGCAUUUUGCCGGUGAGCUGCUAAAUUUGAUGGUAUAUCUGAGUCCUGACAGUUUUGACACCAUUGUGGAGCUACUCGCCAUGUUGGCAGAUAAACAAGUUGAUCUUAAGGCUUUAGUUCUGUGUAUAUUGCAAAAGUUGGGUGUGGAGGACGCUGAACUGUGGUUAUGUCCAGAAUUAGAUUCCUGGGACUCUCUGAGAGAGCAUCAGCAUAACCAGCACUGCGUUCUUCGAGAUAUGGCCAGCCACUGGCUGCUUAGCUGGACCAGAAAGUACAGGGUGCACAAAGGGUCUGUGUUCCUGCGCAGUGAAGGAGUAGCAGAUGGGAGUUUUACUUACUCAAACAUGUUCUAA